AUGGACCCGGCGACAAUAGCCCAAAUCAAAGCCUUAGUAGAGCUGCGCCGCAGGCGCAGCUUGACUAUGGAUGAGAAGAUGGACAUACUGUGGCUUCAAGCCACACUCCGUGAAGAACGGAGAAGCGACGUUACUGGUACCAUCUCUCGCUUACUUUUACGCUCCAACAAAACCGUAAAGGGAGUCCUUUGCGAGUUCCUCGGUAGGGGCAGUUUGUUUGAGGCCGACCCACCUUUGAACACGAAGAACCAUCCGUCGCGCGUUCCUACGUCAGCCUCGGUCCGUUCUCUUGUGAGGACGUUUAUUCGAGACCGCUGGGUCACCCGUACCAGGACUGUCGCCUGGGACGUCUUGGCGCUCCUCAUUGACCACAACGUCGUCUUCGUGGGUGCCACCCGGCCAAAUGACUACUCCGCUGGUUUUCGUGCUGUCCAAGUCUUCUUGUCGAAUGAGGGGUACGCUCGUGGGAAGCGCGCGGGGAGAACUGAGUUCAGGAUGACCAAGGCGGAUGAGAUGGCAUGGGACGCUUACUUCAGCAUGAUGGUGCCAACAGGGGUAAUGCGUCCUCGACGACCCGUGGUGCACCUUGACGAAAGUUUCAUUCAACAUCACUACACUCGUCAUGAGGACAGUCUGUACGACCCCGAGCACAGCACAACGAGGCCAAAAUACAAAGGACGCCGAUUUUGCCUUAUCGCUGGAAUCAUUGAUGAGGGACUGGACAUUUUUGUUGGUGGAAAGAAGAACGGGAAGACAGUGAAAGACUACCAUUCAAUGUUCAACCAUGCAUACUUUGUCGACUGGUUUGAGAAGCUGCUCGAUGAAGUUGAGAACCUUGGAUGGGCAUCGGCAGUCUUUGUCAUGGACAACCCCAAAUAUCACAAGGGGCGGCCGUUCGACACUCCCAAGGGCAAUUGGAAGAAGGACGAUCUCUAUCAAGAAUGUGUGAAGUUCAAGGUUCUUGGUGCGUCUUCUACUGAUCUCAAGGCGAUGAUCUGGGCAGCCUUGAAGAAGCAUAUCGAGGAGCACAUCCCACCUGUCGUUGUCGAAAUGGCACGGACUCGUGGACAUCAUGUGGUGUUCUCGGCUCCAGGGUUUUCUGACCUACAACCGAUUGAGAUGGUGUGGGCCAAUGUGAAGGGCACAGUUGGUCGAGCUUACACUUCUACAUGUACUACUACGUUUGCGGGGGUCCGCGAUCGUCUUGAUCGGGUGUUUUAUGAAUUGGACACUAAGGUAAUUUACAGUGCAGCAUUUACGGCAAAACUGCUUAUGCUGGAUAGCUCUCUUCGAGAGGCAGAAACUUUGGCGGAAGCAAGCUGUUUUAAAGACUUCGAUAGCGAAACUUCUAGUGAAGAUGACUUGUCGGCUUCAAGCGACUGCGUCGGCAUGGGUGUGAGUGAGAAUGACGAAUAG